AUGGAGCUGAAUGCACUGGCGACUGCCGCUGAACUGAUGACGGACACUCGCGGCCGAGGGCCCGACAACCCUCAUGCUCAGGUCAACUGUGACCUGCAGAACAGGCUGGUCCGCCUACAGGACAAGGUGGCUGAGAUCAGCACGGACUUCAACUGUUGCCAGGAGCUUGAUCAGACCUUUCGGCAACCUGUCAGUCUGGCCACCAAAUCUGUCAGCUUUCUAAAACUAGUUGCCAGAGUAACAGUUCAACUCAUCAGCAAAAAUGAUCCAGACUGA